UCAAGGGAGGCGGCGGGAAGGCGAGAGACGGAGGCGCCGCCAUGGCCAAAGUGUGGCAGCAUCCUUUCCUGAAUGUCUUCAAGCACUUUAAAGUGGAGGAAUGGAAAAGGUCCACCAAGGAAGGCGAUGUGACAACAGUUAUGGACAAAACCCUGAAAGGCACGGUGUAUCGCAUCAGCGGUUCGGUUCCCGCCAGCAACUACCUCCAGCUCCCCAAGACCAGCACACAGUCACUUGGCCUCACUGGCUGCUACCUCUACAUCCUCUUCAAGCCCAUGCCUACCAAAUAUUUCGUGGUGCACCUGGAUGUCGCCACAGAGGACAGCCAGGUGGUGCGCAUCUCCUUCUCCAACCUCUUCAAGGAGUUCAAGUCGACAGCCACGUGGCUCCAGUUCCCCUUCAUCUGCGGGGCGGCCAAAGGGUCCAUCCAUGAAAACACAGCCAAGGCAGCCAAGCGAGAUUUGGUGGGCUUGGCCCCGGCCAACGUGCGCUGGACUUUCCUGACCCUUGACCUCCGCCACAUCCUCUCCCUGUACUUGAACCGCAGCUACAGCCAUCUGAAGAGCGUCAAACUCUGUUCCAACCUGCUGGUGAAGAACCUGUUCACCAGCAACCUGCUCUUCGACCCAGCCAUGUCCUUCUCAGAGGCUCAACAGUCCAAGCUGGUCUUGAAUGGUGUCUCCCCGGUUCCGCGAGAAAUGGCCUUCCCCGUGCCGAAGGGCGAAAACUGGCAUGACAUUUACGAUUACAUUAGGUUCCCUUUGGAUGGGUCCAAGUUGCCGUUUGACUCUAUUCAGAAAGGUGCCUUGAAGCCAGCUGCAGAUGCUCCCGUUCAAGACGGUCCGGUCACCCUCCUUCCCAAGCAAGUAACUCUGAGCAAGCCCGUUCGGGACCGAGUCUCUCUCAUCCAGCAAAUCACCAGCCCCAAGGAGAUGCCUCGUCAAUCUUCGCUCUUGACCAAGAACAUCCCCAGAGUAAAACUGGCCACCUCUGAACCGCUGCAGGCGAAGGACCAAAUAGAUUGGAGAGAAGGGACACGAGCCGGGGACGAUCCCCACCUCCCGUUGUCUCUGGUGGAUGACGGUGGCAUUCAUGUGUACGCCCACAAAAACGGGGACAUCACCAUCCACGCAGUCAGCGUUGAUUCUGACGAGGACGCCUCUGCAAAAAUGCCCGGACCGAAGGUCGUUUCGUCCAGGAAUUCUUCUCGCUGCACGAGGCUGCUUCCAGACCCGAUCCUGAAGCUGAAGAGAGUUAUUGGGUUUGGAGGCUGCAGCACCCGAUGGGCACUUUGGGCGGCCAACAGUUCCGUGGUGGUCUACCCCUGCCAUGCCCUCAUCGUGGCGGUCGCUCUGGACUCUGGCCGACAGUGGUUCUUUGCCGGCCACACGGAUAAGGUGGCAGCACUGGCCUUUAAUGGCAACAGCACCCUGCUGGCAUCCGCCCAGAUCGGGCACCUGAGCAUGAUGCGCCUCUGGGACUUUGCAACGACAGAAUGCCUCUCUAUGUUUAAAACGGGCAUGCACGCAGUCUCUUGCCUCAGCUUUUCCUACAAUGGAAAUAUCCUGUGCGGCACAGGCAAGGACAGGCACGGGAAAACGAUGGUGGUGGUUUGGAACACGUCCCAGGUGAGCCGCGGCGGGGAGGUGGAGCUGCUGGCCAAGGCCCACACGGAUGUGGACAUCCAGACCUUGAAGAUUGCCUUUUUUGACGACACCAGGAUGGUGUCGUGUGGCAGAGACAACGUGAGGCUGUGGCGGGUCCGGAGCAGGGCGUUGCGCUCCUGCCCGGUCAACUUAGGCGAGUACCGUUCUCUGGAGUUCACGGACCUGGACUUCGAGGCGGGCCAUUCCACGGAGCGUGAGCCGGAGGAUCGAACACUGUUCGUCUGCAGCCGGAGCGGGCACGUUUUGGAAAUCGAUUAUAAGAACGUCGCCGUCAGAAACGCCCGGCGCCUGCUGCCGUCUGACGCGCAGCACUCCCACCGACGGGAGAAGCAGACCUUCAACUCAGGUCCUGGGAUAGCUCUUAACAGUAUCUGCCUCUCAUCAACUUUCUGCGCCACAGCCUCAGAAGACGGCUACCUGCGCUUGUGGCCGCUGGACUUCUCUGAGGUCUUCCUGGAAGCAGAGCACGACAAUCCAGUGACUUCCGUCAGCAUCAGUCCGGAUAACCUGAAGGUAUUGUGCACGACGGCCUCUGGGAACGUGGGCUGCCUGGACAUCCAGUCUCGGGACUACAGCACCGUCAUGCGCUCCCACAUGGGCUCUGUGUUGGCGUUUUCCGUGGAGGGGCUCCAGCAGGAACUGGUGACUGUCUCUCAGGAUAACACCAUCCGCAUCUGGAACCUGGAGACGAUGCAGCAGCUGUACGAAUUCAGUGCCUCGGAAGAAACGCCCUGCGCCGUGGCUUUCCACCCCUCCCAGCCCAUCUUCGCUUGUGGUUUCGACACGGGGGUGGUGCGGACCGUCAGUCUGGCCGCCUCGAAGCUCCUUGAAGAACACAAGCAGCACCGAGGUUCUAUCACCGGCCUGGUCUUUUCCCCAGAUGGCAAUUCCAUGUACAGCGCCUGCAGUCAUGGCACUCUGGCUCUCUAUAACUGCGCCGUCCAGAAGAGUCACAUUGUCAGAGUUCUGGCCAAUGUGGUGUCGCAAGACGCAGACCACAGUCCCGACGCCUUGUCUGUCAGCGCCAACGGACGCCUCUUGGCCUUUGUAGGCCCUUCAAAGCAUGUCGUGACCCUCAUGGACGCUCAUUCCCUGGAUGAGCUACUGAGGAUCGAUGUCAGCAUUCUGGAUCUAGAGAGCCCCUCCCUGGAUACGGCCGUGCGGCUCCGAUUCACCCCUUCCACUCCCGGCCACUUGUUGGUGACCACGUCCUCCCAGAAGAUCCUUGUGUUGGAUGUUAAAACUGGACGCCUGAUCAGAAUGGUUUCCCAGGUGCACAAGCAGUCUUGCUCUUCGUUGGCCUUGAGUCCGGACUCCCGCUACCUCCUCACCGCCGGCGACAGGGUUAUCAAAGUGUGGGAUUACGGCAUGAGAUUUGACGUCAGCUCCCAGGUGUUCAUCGGCCAUUCAGAACUGGUGCGACAGGUGGGCUUCAGCCCUGAUCAAAGGCAGGUCAUCAGCGUCGGUGAUGCCAUCUUCCUCUGGGACUUCCUCGGGGUGUCUGUCCAGGAGCCUUCCAAGGAGGAACUCCGUCGCAGUUCCAGAACCCACUCCUCUAUCAUCGAGAUCUUCGAUUCUCCCCGAGUUGAAACUAGCCCUGAAGAGGAACAGGAUUUGACCCCAGGGGCCAACGACACCCCUCGCAAGCGGGUUCCCCUGCCGACGGUGAUCUCCCCCGCUUGUCUGGAUCUCAGCUCUAUCCAGCGGAUGGUACAUGAGGAUACUUUUUCAGAAUCCGAGGAGGAGAAGGAAGCAGCGUGUCUGAACGGAGACGCCGGCAGGGUUGUGAGCGGGGCCAAGGCCCUCCCCCUUCUUGCUGAGAAGGCUGUGCAGAGGGAAGAGCCUGCAGUGGUGAAAGCUGCAGCUGUUCGACCAGCUUCCAGACCCGGGAAUCCCGCAGGAGAUGAAUGUCAGAAGGAAGCGAAGCGGCCCGAGCCCGAAGGCAUCGUCCGCCCGGACUGUUACAGGCAUUUUGCGCCUCGUUUCAAAACGUCCGUGCCCUCCUCCAAGAAGCUUUCCCUUCCCCCAGAUGAUGCUGAAGGGCUGAAAUUGAAAGCUGCCAUUGGCUACAACGGGAACGGCAGGGGAAAUAUGGUCUGGAACCCAGAUACUGGUCUCUUUGCCUACAGCUGUGGCUGCAUGGUCAUUGUGGAAGACCUUCACUCCGGAUCGCAGCAGCAUUGGCUCGGACAUCCGGAAGAGAUUUCAACCUUAGCUGUCAGCCACGAUGCUCAGGUUGUCGCUUCCGCCUCCGGCUGCGGCCUCGGAGACUCGCGCUGCCAAAUUCGCAUCUGGGACGUGCCGAACGGGGCCUGCCGGAAAGCGCUGUUCCAUCACGAGACCCAAGUCCAGGCCAUGGCGUACUCCCGGGACGACCGGCUCCUCGUCACGCUCGGGGACUACACCGACAGGGUCAUGGCCCUCUGGAAUACCCACACCUACGAGCUGAUGACGUCCACCCGCUUCUCGGAGCCUGUUCAUGAAGUGGCCUUCAGUCCCCUCCUGGCGGGGCACCUCGCCUGCGUGGGGAAAGGAGCCUUGACUUUCUGGCUUAUGGAAGAGCAGGGAACAGACAUCAGUCUGAAGGUCCACAGGGUCCCCGUUCCCGAGGCCGUCGGACCGGUGGAGCUGACCUCGCUCUGUUACAGCGCCGGCUGCCUUCUGUAUAGCGGGACCAGCUCCGGGCAGAUCUGCGCCUGGGACACGGAGACCAAUCGCUGCUUCAUGACCUGGGAGGCCGACGAAGGGGAGAUCGGCAUCCUGCGAUCUCACGGGAACCGGCUGGUCAGCGGCAGCAACACCAAGCGGAUCCGGCUGUGGUCAGUGGCGGCCGUUCGGGAGCUGAGAGUCAGAGGCUCCGGGGCCAGAUCUAACUCGGUCCUCUUGGAGCAGGAGAUGACCCUGGAUGGGACCAUCGUCAGUGCCACCUUCGACGACUGUAUGGAUAUGGGGAUCGUGGGCACCACGUCGGGGACGUUGUGGUACAUCAACUGGGCGGAGAACACCAGCAUCCGGCUGAUCAGUGGCCACAAGAAUAAGGUGAGCGAGGUGGCCUUCAGCCCGGACGAGUCUCACUGCGCGACGUGCGGGGAGGAUGGCAGCGUGAGGGUGUGGUCUCUGGCCAGCAUGGAGCUAGUGGUGCAAUUUCAGGUCCUCAACCAGAGCUGCUUGUGCCUCAGCUGGAGCCCGGUGCCCGUUUCCUUCAGCGGGGCAGAAGGGCAGCAUAUCGUGGCCGGCUACAGCGACGGCACCCUCCGGGUGUUCAGCAUCUCCCGGACAGAGAUGGAGCUGAAGAUGCACCCCCACGCAGUCGCUGUGACGGCCCUCGGCUACUCCCCGGACGGAGAAAUCAUCUUGUCCGGCGACAAGGAGGGGCUGGUGGCCGUCAGCAGCCCACGGACAGGGAUGACCAUCCGAGUCCUGACCGACCAUCGGUCGUCCCCCAUAAACGUCAUCGACAGCACGAGGAAGCAGCGUGCUGAACUCGGGGUGGAGGGCAGCCACCUCUGGCUGGCCGCGAGUGCCGACCGGCGCGUCAGCAUCUGGGUCUCCGAUUGGAUGAAGGACAAAUGCGAGCUCCUCGAUUGGCUGAGCUUUCCGGCUCCCGCGGGUCCAGAGGUGCCUCAUCCUCUCCCUCCUAGCUUGGCAGCAUUUUGCCCUUGGGACAAGAGCACCGUCGUUUAUUCAGGAUUCGGGCUGCAGAAAGAGAUCCUUUUCUACAGUCUGCCCCAGAAGCAGGUGGUCGACAAGAUUCCCUUGCCUUACUUUGCCACGUCGUUGAGCUUGUCUCCCGUCUCCCGCGUCAUAGCUGUCGGCUUCAACGAGCGGGUCCUGAGGCUGAUCAACCACAUGGCGAAGACUGAGCAAGACUACCGGGGGCACGACGACGCCGUCUGCCUCUGCAGGUUCACCCCCUUGGGGAACCGCCUCUUCACCACUUCCUAUAACGAGAUCUUGGUGUGGGAAGUCCGGAACGGAUGCUGAGGCCGUUGCUUCCAGCUGUGCUCCCACCUCUGGCCUGGAGCCGGGCAGAGAAAGACUCCACCACCACCGUGCCUCUAGCUCUUGGUACUGGAAACCAGCAGCUCAACUGUAAAUCACCAGCAGGAUCCAAGACGUUGAAGCCGAGAGAACCGUCCACAGGAAGAAAGGAGGUUGCAUCUUGGUUCCGACCCCGGAUGCCUGGGGGUAGAAGAGAUGCGCAGCACGGCUCAUAGCCAGCCCUUAAAAAGCCUGAGGGAAGGAGAGACAUUCUCUAAACUUUUGUGUCUGUCUCUGGAUUCCCGUGAGUCAUUACCCUUCCUUGCUUCGGGGGCCGUAGAUUCGCUCCCUUCUCUGUAUUUCCCCGGAAUCUCGGCCUGGUCUUGUUUGUCUGCUUGCUCAAGGGGGAGCAGGUGAUUUUUCGAGCGCCCCUUUGAGUGGGUGGCCCAGAGAAGGUUUCUGCUCUGAUUCAGGGGCAAAAACAAAGGACGUUUUUAACUGAACUCUUUCCCCUGAGCGGGGCAGGGGGCCUUCCUUGGCCACCGUUCUUUUUUCUUUUUUUUUUUUUUUUUAAAAGACCAACACCUUCAGUCAAGGCCAGGUUGUCCCAUUCAUAGCAUUCCACCUCCCAGCGGAGAAAAGGAGGGAGUUUGAUACUCAAAAGCAGUUUUGGGGACUCUCACCUGAGAAAGGAAGAACAGGUAGUAUUUCUUCAACAGUAUAUGAGUUGGCUGGAGAUGCCAGAUUGCUGGCAUUGGGGGGGGGGGUGUAUACACAAACAUGCAAGUGCAUUAAUGUACCUUUCCCCCUAAAAACAGAGUCCUUUUUCCUUGCUCAUCCUCGCCCGUACUAAGUUUUAAUUUUGCAGGUGUGCCUUAGCAAGAGAUACUGUCAAGGAUGAGCAAGCCCAAAAGGAAUCUGGCUUUUUUGACUCUGGGAUAGCUGCAUUUUCUUAGCUGUGGCAGCGAUUUGUAUAAAAUCACAAAAACAAGCAGCAACAAUAAAGAACCCCCCCCCCCCACACACACACACAACAGACUGGGAGUACAAAUUUGCCCUCUGGUUGUUGUUGUAACACUUAACUUUUAUACAAGAAUAUUUUUCAUUGUCUAUCAACAAAGAAACUAGAAUAUUUUUAUACUCUGCGUUUGCAAGCACCAUCUCUGUUUAGGUUUUAGAAAUGCAGCUGAGAAUGGAGCCCCAGCUUUCUCCUCUUGGGGGGCACAGAGCUGGUAAAGGGGGUGGGGGUGGGAAAGCAGUUAAUAUCAAAACCACACAAUUAUAUUUUACUUGUGUUUUCUAUAGCAAACGCGGAUGCCGCUCUGCUUCUGUUGAACUGGGUUCCUAAUAGAUUGGUGUUCUUUUGUAUUUCAAACCUGUGGGGUUUUUUUUUCUUCAUUCAGAGCUCUAUGGAAAUAAAGGAUUGUGAAGCACCACA